AUGCAGCGAAGCAUAGCGUCUUUCUUUCAGCCAAUGAAAGGCAAGGAGAAGAGUGAUGGACAGGCCAAGGGAAAGCCAGGACCAGUAAAAAGUCCUCUUAAAAUUCAGAAUGGCGUGCAGGAAAGUGAUUCGCCAAUAAAGAAGGUUCAUAAACGCAGUCGAGCAAUCCUAGACAGCGAUGAAGAAGAUGGAGAUCAGCCAAUGGUCAAGGAGCAGGAGCCAAAACAGAGUGAAGUUCAAACAGUAAAGAAAGAGAAGAUUUCUGAUGUUAAGACGGCUGAGGUAACAAAGGCUUCCUCUACUCCUGUAUCUCCAAAAUCCCCCAAAACCCCAACGACUCCGGUCACUUCGAGCACCUCUGUUUCUGUUGUAACUCCUGCGUCCUCUGGGACUCCUGGAACUCCAGCAACUCCAACAUCAGUGUCACCGUCAGGCAUUCCCAAACGCAAGACUGCUCGUAAGCAGUUCCCUAAGAGGAAGCUGGAAAGCAGGAGUGAUGGAGAAGAACUAAAAGAGGAAGAGAAGGAGGUCGAUGGAGGACAGGAGAGUAAGAGAGCACGAGUCGACUCUUCACCAGAACAGACAGAGAAUGAGAUGAUGGAGGUGGACGAGACGAGUGCUGAUGAAAAGACUGCAGUUGAGGAGAAAGAGGACAAGGCGAAAACUAGUGUAGUUGUGGACAGCGAGAUGAAAGAUGAAGAUGACAAGAAGCAGAAGAUAAAUACAAACAACGAGGCAAAAGAGAAGGAUAAAAAUGAGAGUAAGCAAGAGGAGAAGAUAGAUACAGAAAAGGAGACGAAAGAAAAGGAUAAAAAGAUCAAUAAGCAGCAGGAAAAGAAAGAAACAAAAAAGGAGACAAAAGAAAAGGAUAAAAGUGACAAAAAGCAGGAGGAAAAAGAUAAAAGUGACAAAAAGCAGGAGGAAAAGGAUAAAACUGAGGAAAAAGUAAAUGGUGAGAAUGAAAAGGAGAAAAUACCGGACAAGAAAGGAAAAGAAAGCAGCAGUCCUGAAAAAGUGGUGAAAAAAGAGAAGGACACAGACGGAGGAUCUGCCAAAAAGAAACCCAUCAGCAGCUUUUUUGCACCCAGAAAGGCUGCAGUUAAACUGGAAAAAGAAGAGCGAAAUGAAGGAGAGAAAAAGAAAGAUGGAGAGACCUCUGAUGUGGUGGAACAGAAAGAGAAGAAAAGUGAAAAGGGAGUGGAUUCUGCAGUCCAGAGCCAAUAUGAUCCUUCUAGAGCACAUUAUCAUCCCAUUGACCACGCCUGCUGGAAGAAGGGUCAAAAAGUGCCAUAUUUGGCUGUUGCUCGCACCUUUGAGAAAAUUGAAGAGGAUUCUGGAAGGCUAAAAAAUAUUGAAACUCUUUCCAACUUUCUGCGCUCUGUAAUUCUGCUAUCUCCAGAUGACCUGCUGUGUUGUGUGUACCUGUGUCUGAAUCAGCUGGGCCCUGCGUAUCAGGGUCUGGAGUUGGGCAUCGGGGAGACGGUACUUAUGAAAGCCGUCGCUCAAGCAACCGGGCGACAACUAGACAAAAUCAAGGCGGAGGCUCAGGAGAAAGGAGACCUGGGAUUGGUUGCUGAAAGUUCCCGCAGUAACCAGAGAAUGAUGUUUGCACCGGCUAAUCUGACAGCAGGGGGUGUUUUCAACAAACUGAAGGAGAUUGCUCACAUGAGUGGAAACUCGGCAAUGAAUAAGAAGAUUGACAUUAUUAAAGGCCUUUUUGUGGCGUGUCGGUUUUCUGAGGCCCGAUACAUUGUGCGGUCGUUGGCGGGGAAGUUGCGGAUCGGAUUGGCUGAGCAGAGUGUUCUUGCAGCUCUCAGUCAGGCUGUGUGUCUGACGCCUCCAGGCCAAGAGUUCCCACCAGCUGUGUUGGAUGCAGGAAAAGGAAUGAGUACAGAAAACAGGAGAGUAUUCCUAGAGGAGAAAGCACUAAUCCUGAAACAGACAUAUUGUGAGAUGCCAAAUUAUGAUGCAAUCAUUCCUGUAUUGCUGAAGGAGGGGAUUGAUGAACUGCCCAAUCACUGCAAGCUCACUCCAGGGGUUCCUCUGCGACCCAUGUUGGCUCAUCCGACUAAAGGGGUUGGUGAGGUAAUGAAACGUUUCGAUGAAGCCUCCUUCACCUGCGAGUACAAAUAUGAUGGAGAGAGAGCCCAGAUCCAUAUUCUUGAGAACGGAGAGGUGCGCAUUUUCAGCAGAAACCAAGAGGACAACACGAGCAAAUACCCUGAUAUUAUCUCACGAAUCCCACAGGUGAAGAAAGAGAGCGUACGGUCCUGUGUUCUGGAUUCAGAGGCAGUGGCUUGGGACAGAGAAAAGAAACAAAUCCAGCCGUUUCAGGUCCUCACCACAAGAAAGAGGAAGGAUGUGGAUGCAUCUGAGAUCAAGGUUCAGGUGUGUGUGUACGCCUUCGACCUGCUGUACCUCAAUGGAGAGUCUCUGGUGCGAGAGCCUCUAAGCAAACGCAGGGCUUUGUUACGAGAGAGUUUUGUGGAGAAAGAAGGAGAGUUUGUUUUUGCUCGAUCUCUGGAUGCUGACAAUACAGAAACCAUCGCUGAGUUCCUGGAGCAGUCUGUACGAGAUUCUUGUGAAGGCCUAAUGGUGAAAACAUUGGAAAAGCAUGCAACUUAUGAGAUUGCCAAACGCUCCCACAAUUGGCUCAAGCUGAAAAAGGACUAUCUGGAGGGUGUUGGAGACACCGUGGAUCUGUGUGUGAUUGGUGCAUAUCUGGGCAAGGGGAAGAGAGCAGGCGGCUAUGGAGGAUUUCUGCUGGCCUGCUAUGAUGAAGAGAACGAGGAAUUCCAGUCUGUUUGCAAGAUUGGAACAGGAUUCAAAGACGAAGAUCUGGAGCAGCAUUACAACUUCUUAAAGGAGCACAUUUUACCCAAACCCCGCCCGUACUACCGUGUAGACCAAUCAGCAGAGCCGGAUGUAUGGCUGGAGGCGGUGCAGGUGUGGGAGGUGAAAUGCGCUGACCUUUCCCUGUCUCCAGUCUACAAAGCAGCCAUGGGAUUGGUGGACCCAGAGAAAGGCAUUUCCCUCCGUUUCCCACGAUUCCUCAGGAUCAGAGAUGACAAAAAGCCAGAGGAUGCCACCACAGGGUCGCAGAUUGCUGAUCUCUACAAGAAACAGCAGCAGAUUCAAAAUCAGGGUGACAAACCAGAUUUGGAGGACUACUAUUGA